AGGAAGGAUGUUAUCUGGCUGGUUGUGGAUUUCAGCGUUCGUUUUUAUUUCGCUCGCUCAAACAGCCUUCCCGAUCAAGUGCCUACAAUGCAAGAGUGACGUUCUGGAGGAAGCUUGCGACGCGGUUGGAAAGCGUGUGACAUGCAGCGAAGAAAACGCCGCCGAGCACUUCCGGUACCUUCAGCGGCUGAAGAAGGAACUGGUUGAACCACGAAGAAACGAAGGCUACCAGUGCAUGAAGAUCAAGGUGGGCAAUCAUCGACUGGUGAAGGGCUGCAUCUAUGCCAAUAUGCCGGUUUGUGUGCAUUUCCGGAAAAGGACCAAGCUGUGCUCGACCUGUUUGGACAACGAUUGUAAUAGCUUGAAAUAUAGGGAUUAUUAUUUGAAUUGA